AUGUCGGCCCGUGACAUGUCCCGUCGUCAGGACAACUACAAGGCAAAGGGUGUCUUCAAGCAGGAUGAGCUUCGUCGUAGGCGUGAGGAGGCUCAGGUCGAGAUUCGUCGUCAGAAGCGUGAAGAGUCCAUGGCAAAGCGAAGAAACCUCAACGUUGGCGAUGAUACCGAUGGUGCCGAUUCCGACGACGAUGACGCCCAAUCCGCUGCUAUCGACGCACAGCUCGCCGACGAGCUUCCAAGGAUGAUCGAAGAUGCUAUGAGCGACAACCUCGACCGACAACUCGAUGCUACCACCAAGUUCCGCAAGUUGCUCUCCAAGGAGAAGAGCCCUCCCAUCGAGCGUGUCAUUGCUUCUGGUGUCGUUCCUCGCUUUGUCGAGUUCCUCAGGAGCCCGCACAGCAUGAUCCAGUUUGAAGCUGCUUGGGCCCUUACCAACAUUGCUUCCGGUACUUCCGACCACACUCAGGUUGUCAUCAACGAGGGUGCCGUCCCCGUCUUCAUCCAGCUUCUCUCCUCUCCCGUUCUCGAUGUUCGAGAGCAGGCUGUCUGGGCUCUUGGUAAUAUUGCCGGUGACAGCCCCAAGUGCCGUGAUUACGUUCUCCAGGCCGGUGCUAUGCGCCCUCUCAUUGCUCUCUUGAGCGAGAACCACAAGCAGAGCAUGCUCCGCAACGCAACAUGGACUCUCAGCAACUUUUGCCGUGGUAAGAACCCUCAGCCUGACUGGCUCAUGGUUUCGCCCGCUCUCAGCGUUCUCACCAAACUCAUCUACUCGAUGGACGAUGAGGUCCUCAUCGACGCCUGCUGGGCCAUCUCUUACCUUUCCGACGGCGCCAACGAGAAGAUUCAGGGUGUGAUCGAGUCUGGUGUCUGCCGUCGUCUUGUAGACCUUCUCACUCAUCCUUCCACUGCUGUUCAGACUCCUGCUUUGCGUUCCGUCGGUAACAUUGUCACUGGUGACGACUACCAGACUCAGGUCGUCAUUUCCUCAGGUGCUCUCCCACCACUUCUCUCGCUCCUCUCCUCCCCCAAAGAGGGUAUCCGCAAGGAAGCAUGCUGGACUAUCUCCAACAUCACCGCCGGCUCUUGCCAGCAGAUCCAAGCCGUUAUCGACGCCAACAUCAUCCCUCCUCUCAUCGAAAUUCUUCAACACGCCGAUUUCAAGACUAAAAAAGAAGCCUGCUGGGCCAUCAGCAACGCUACCAGCGGCGGUCUUUCCGAUCCCCAACAGAUCCGAUACCUUGUCUCGCAGGGCUGCAUCAAGCCUCUCUGCGACUUACUCCGCAGUAUGGACAACAAGAUCAUCCAAGUUGCGCUCGAUGGAUUGGAGAACAUUUUGAAGGUGGGCGAGAUGGAUAGGGAGACAGCUGGUGGUGAUGCAUCCAAUGCGUAUGCGCUUCAUAUUGAAGAGUGUGGUGGAAUGGUUUCGAUUCACAACUUGCAGCAUCAUGAGAAUUUGGAUAUCUACAAGAAGUGCUUCUAUAUCAUGGACAAGUACUUCCCAGAUGAUGAGGCCCAAGAUACUGGAUUGGGUGCUCCGCAGGUGGAUGAGACUGGUGCAUUUGCUUUCCAGUCCGAUUUGAACGCUCCUCAGGGUGGAUUUAACUUUGCUCCCUCGCAGAAUGGGAUGCAGCAGUAA